CCUCGCCCAAUCUCUGCCUCAGGCCAACCUGUAGACAUCCAUCGACAUCCUCCCCUCUACUCUUCUCUGUCCGAGAGUCUGUACUUCCUCCCACCUAAACACCUCCCUCCCUCCCUCCACAGGACCCUCCACCGGAAUCAUAAAGAAAAAUGCCCCCAAAAUCCAAAUCCAAACCCCCCAACAAAAAAGACCUCCCCUCCAAACCUCCCCCCCAAUCGCAAUCCCAAUCCCCAAAACCCAACUGGCCGCCUCUGCGCCCUCUAGUCCCCCCCUCAGAUCUCUCCCUGACCCCCCUCCUCCGCGAUCAAAUCUACCUGAUCCCGAACUUCUUCCCCGCCUCGCUAUGCAAAACCUACGUGUCAUUCCUGGCCUCGCUGCCGAUGCUCACGACGCCCAAGAAGCCCAAGAAGGACGAAGCGGUGCGCGUGAAUGAUCGGUUCCAGGUGCAGGACGAGACCUUUGCCGAGAUGGUGUGGCGGGAUACGGCGCUGCGGGAGUUGGUGGUGGAGAGGGCGGGGGAGGAGGACGAGGACGAGGACGAGGAGGACGACGAUGGGAACGAGAAGGCCAGGAGAAGUCCGCAGGAGAUCUGGGGUGGGAAGCCGCUGGGGUUGAAUGCCAAUAUCCGCAUCUAUCGGUACUCGAAGGGGCAGUUUUUUGGCGCGCAUUAUGAUGACUUCAACAAUGUCACGUUCUCGUCGCCGUCGUGUCCGGCCCAACCGGCCCGCACGACCUGGACGCUCCUGAUCUACUUGACCAACUGCACGGGGGGAGAGACCGUCUUCUACCCCGAGGCCACCAAGGAGAAUCGCAAUCCGAGUCCCGUGUCUGUGGCGCCGCAGACGGGCAUGGCGCUGCUUCACCGACACGGUGACAGUUGCAUGCUGCACGAAGGGAAGGAGGUUCUGGCUGGAGAGAAGUGGGUGCUGCGCAGCGAUUUGGUGGUGGAACGGUGAUGACGACCGUUAAGCCUCGGUCUACUUCAUAAGGGGGCUAUGCGUGUAAUGAACCUCUUGUUAUAUUGAUGAAAGCAUAAUCCUAUGGCACAAGAAGGAUAAAAGCUGGUCACAAAACUGUUCU